AGGCUAUUAUGAGAUGUCUUUUGGGAUAUUUUCUCGAAGUAUCCAAGGAAGAAUUGCCUUAUAUAGCCGUGCCUCUGCACACGGUUUUCAAACUCACUCCUAUCGCUUACGGUUGUAAAGUCGAAAAGUUUCCACUUGGUAUUGGAGCGGUAAACACGCAACGUGAGCGACCGAAGAAUGUGCAGGUUGGCAGAAAAUCUGAAGACGCUUUGGUGACCGUACCACCACAUCGUAACUAACUGGAAGAACCAAUGAUAGCGAAGAUUGAAGUGAAGUCGCCACUAUCAUUGAUGUAUUGUCGAAUAUACACAGAAAUGAUCUCAAAUUCCUCGGACGAUGAAAGCGACGAUGGUAGCGAGCCUAAAGAAAAUGAACCAACUCUUAUUCAAGAUAUUACAACAAGGUUACAAGAUAGCCCAGUUUCUUCGCUAUAUCACAGUGAAAUCGACGACGAACAUGAUGUAGAAAAGAAGGAGAAGCUAAUGCUUUACGUUUUCGUUUCGCGUUGUAUUGCACAUCCUUUCAACGCCAAGCAACAAAAUGACAUGACCCGAAGGCACGUCAGAAUUACGAUGGAAGACUUGCUUGUAAUAAAACAACGUUUUGAGCAAUUCCUUAGUGGCGAAACCACUAUAGAAAGUGACAAGGCCUUUCACGUUGCAGUAAAGUUUUACUACGAUUCUAUCUUGUGCAGUGACCGUAUUUUGAGAAUGAUAAAAUAUCGAAGUGCGACGGCCUAUGAUUUUCGUGAGGUGUUUAAAAGUUGUAUAGAGAAUCGUGUCCGUAAUGUGCCAAGUGGUUUAACAGUGGAGACCAUUUUGAAUUCAUGGAUGACCAAGUUUGAUAAAAUAUACAGAGGCGACGACCGAACAACACUUUCAGGAACAUACCAUCCUUGUCAACCGCAUCCUCUGAGCGAAACGAUUUUAAACAAAGAUCAGUUGUACGAAAUGUUUCAGAAAAUUUUGGAAGUGAAGAAGUAUGAACACGCAAUAUUAUACAACGCUUGUCAGUUGGACAAUGCCGAUGAACAAGCUGCGUGUAUCAGACGAGAACUCCAGGGCAGAAUGGAUUUGUUACAAAAAAAACAUAAGAAUUUUCCAUUGUUUGUACAUAAGUCAAUGAAAGCGAACUACAUUGAAGAACAAAGGAGACAAAUCAAUCAAUUAAAAACAAACUUAGACAGCUUACCUAUUUUAAAUAUCAAAGAAAGACCUAAAGCAGGGAUUUUUAAUCAUGAUGCAUCUGAUGGCGAGAAACCUUUAUCAACUUCUGAUGUCGUUUUGUCAUUUACAAUUGAAGUUUUGAUUGUUGAAGCAAAAGGGUUGAAGCUUCCUCCACAAAAGAUCGUCUAUUGCACAAUGGAGGUUGAGGGUGGGGAAAAGUUUCAGACAGAUCAAGCUGAGGCAUCAAGGCCAAGAUGGGAUACCUUUUCAUGGGAUUACAAGGUUUACGACGACGCAUCCUCUCCUGAAGUUAAAUUAACCUGUACUCCAUAUCCCGCGUUUACCGAAGAGCCAAGAUGGUAUGAUGCCACACCUACGAAAGGAUCUCCCAUGGAGAAAAUUCAACUAAAGAUGAGAGUGAAGAUGGAUAAACCGCUGAACGUCAAGAGAUGCGGAAACCUGUACUCCCUUGGGCGUCAUGUUUGGAAAAGGUGGAAACAACGUUAUUUUGUUCUUGUCCAGGAGAGCCAGUACACGUUCGUUUUAUGCAGUUAUCAUAGAAAGAAAGGUGAACCACAUGAGAUGAUUCAACUGGACGGCUACACUGUUGAUUAUAUGGCACAUCCUUGUGAUGUAGAAUACGAAGGCGGGAAAUAUUUCUUCUGCUGUGUUAAAGAGGGUAACUCCGUCACGUUGUCGGCCGACGACGAAAACGACCGACAGAUGUGGGUGCACAAGAUUUCACAGGCCACUGGACAAUCUCAUCGACCCGUGGCCCCACAAACGAUCGAAUUAGGGACACCAAAGACGAACUCGCUAACGAAACUCAUGGGAGAUACAGAUCGUGCUCGCAAAUAUGGUUUGCACGAUGCGGUUUCUGCCGAUCCCAAUGCUGUUGACCAAUAUUCCUUGUUCAAGAAACUUCAGUAUCUAACGUUAGAGCAUCGUCUCAAUGAUUAUUGCUCUUGUUUGGGGUGGUUUUCGCCUGGUCAGCAGUUUUUGUUGGACGAGUAUUGUGCACGAUACGGUGUUCGUGGAUGUUAUCGUCAUCUUUGUUAUUUGUUUGAUCUUCUCGAUAAAGCUGAAUCUGGCAUUAUGGUUGAUCCAACGUUGCUUCACUACAGUUACGCUUUCUGCGCCUCGCACGUUCACGGUAAUAGACCAGAUGGCAUUGAAACUAUCACAAAAUAUGAAGAGGAAAAGUUUGAAGAAGUUAAGGAAAGACUAUGGCACUUACUUACCAAUCAAAUAAUCAACUUCAGAUUUGUUUUCCCGUUUGGACGACCAGAAGGUGCGCUGAAGGCUACUCUAUCCUUGUUUGAAAGGGUGAUGAUGAGAAAUGUAUCAACGCCAGUCCCUUCGGACGAAUUUCAAGCGGAAAUGCGAAAAUGUUUAAAUAAGGCCGCUCUUGUGAACUAUACCAAAGUGUCGAAAUUUUUGAAAAUUGAAGAUUACAGUACGGAAGAAACGAAUCCAGCCGAUCGUCUGGACGCUAUCUAUCAACUGAUUGAUCAUUGUAUCGACGUUUUGCAACAAAAUGAUCAAUAUCACGGCGAAGCUUUAGAAUGGUUCUCGGAUUUAAUGGUUGAACAUACAGAGCUGUUCUGGUCUUUAUUUACAGUCGAUCUUGAUGCAACGUUGGACGUCCAGCCGCCCGACACCUGGGAUAGCUUCACCGUGUUCCAUUUCUUGAACGAUUACUUUAAUAAAGAACCGUAUCUUCGUAAUGGACCAUGUCAUUUGCAUAUACAAGAUAAAUUUGCACCGCUGGUCAUCCGUUACGUCGAUCUAAUGGAGUCCUCCAUUGCUCAGUCUGUGCACAAUGGCUUUGAAUUGGAAACCUGGGAAGUAGUGGGCAACGGAAGUAAUUCGUCCGAUGAUCUGUUUUAUAAACUCGUUGCUCUGAAAGGAUUCAUUGAAGAUCUUCACUGGCCAGAAAAAACACUGGCGGAUCAUCUGAGCAAAAGAAUUUUUCUUAUGUCGUUCGAUAUGAUCGAGGCUUAUGUGAAAAGAGUUCGCGAGGCCUUCAACAGCUUCUUAAAACGAAGUCGAUUCACGCUGGAUUACGUCAUACCUGUGCAAAUAUGCGUCAUGUUUAAUGUCAUUGCUGAAUGCAAGAAACAAGCAUUUGAGAGCAGUAAAUCAGGCGAGGGGGAUCGAGAAUCGCAUCAGCGUAAUGAUGCCGAGCAUUGCUAUCAUCCAGAUGCAAGAGAUUUUGUUUUGGAGACUGAACAUUAUUUCAUCGAGGAAUUUUCGAAUAAAAUCGACCUUGUGUUAGAAAAUAUGUUGAAAAAAUUGGCAAGAUUUGAUCAAGGAACAUUAAGUUCUCAUCUCUUUGCGUUUUCUUCUCAAUCUGACGAAGCCCGAGUCAAGUUUCUUCAGUUCUGCCAGGCGAAUCUUGAACAGAUACAAAAUUUUAUACUUCAUACUAAAUUGCGAAGAAAACUUCUCAAGAAUUGGUAUAGUCAUAUCAUGAAGAUCUUGGUGACUUGGCUUACUGACAGGAUUGCUCUGAAACUUCAUCCAUAUCAGUUGCAAACGCUAUUCCCAUUGGUUAAGGCGCUUCCCGAAGACUUUGCAGCUUACGGCCUCGACUCAUCGCGGGCUCUUCACAGCUCUAACUACCGGCGAGUUGAAAGCCGUCUUCAAGUCGAAGAGGCAUUAGAGAAUGGCGAGGGAUCUGUGUUGUUAUCGAAUGAUAAUCAUGGACGUUAUAGUGACUCUGAUGAUGACUCCGAUUUCAGCGAGGAAAAUUAGGUGGCAUUUCCUUAAAGGAGUAAUCCUUUUUCCUGGACGCUCAGACAUUCUUUGUUUUCCUGAACGCUUUUUAUACUGACUGUAAUGUUUAUAGACGCUUUUUUUACACAGUAUGAAAUAUUUGUACCCAUACACUCUCUUCUGUUACACAAUAACAUGUAUGACUGGUAA